AAAUAUUUUAUAUAUUUUUAUUUGCUCUAAAAGAUCUGCCGUUAUCGUUUACAGUCAUUUCAGAAUCAACUGAGACGCAAACUAAGCUCAGAGACCAAACAGCCAUGGAUGUUAUCAGUCAGUUGCAGAGACAGUUCAUUGAUUACACUUCAUCUCUUUAUCGUGAGGGAUACGUUGAUGAUCAGUUCUCUCAGUUGCAGAAACUGCAAGAUGAGAGUAACCCAGAUUUUGUGGUGGAAGUUGUGUCUCUUUUCUUUGAUGACUGUCAGAAGCUUGUUCAGAAUAUGGCCCAAGCUCUGGAGCAACAAAAUGUAGACUUUAAGCAGGUAGAUUCCCAUGUCCAUCAACUGAAGGGUAGCAGUUCCAGUGUUGGUGCAUCGAGAGUUAAAAAUGCAUGCAUUGCCUUCAGAACUUUUUGUGAGGCCCAGAACCGCGAAGGUUGCUUGAGAUGCCUGCAACAAGUGAAUCAGGAAUACUCUGUAUUGAAGAACAAACUUCAACAGCUGUUUAGAUUGGAGCAACAGAUCAUUGCUGCCGGUGGGUCAAUUCCUAUGGUGGAAUGAGGAUGCUGAUAGUAUUCCCUAGUGAUGAAGCAUAGAGACUGAACUGAUAUUUGUCAUAGCUACUCUUAUAUGAGUUUUUAUUGUUCCGAAUAUUGUUCCGAAUUCCAGCUCCUUUGAGUUGAUGAAGGAUUGUCUUAGAUAAUUUCUGAAGCCUGUAUUAGAGGAGAUUGCUGGUGUGAAUAAAUUUUCUACCUCUUCUGCUGAAAAGUA